AUGAGCAAAGUUCUAUCUACCUUCUCACCAUGGAGUCGGCAUAUAUCAAAGACGGUUCCAUUAUGCCGAUAUUUCAGUCAGACAUUAUCACCAAGAAAGGGGAUACCGAGAAAGGGGAUACCGAGACUGGUAGCAGUAGCCGAGGAAUAUACCACCACUGAAGCAUUUCGCACGCGAUCAUUUGAACUCGAGAAGCCUGUCGUCUUCGCCAAAGACCAGGGCUCACCGGCUGCCAAUCUACCUGCGCUGGAGAACUGGUUCAUGGACGAGGAAGAACCACACCACACAGCCAACACAAAAACUCCACGGCAGCCUUUAUCACGGCACUUCCGGCGCUUUCGCAAUCCCAUGGUCACUUAUGAGAUUUACGCUCCGUCUCGGAAGCAGAAGGACAGCCUCGUCAUGUUUCGGGAUUCUCUUGACCGAGAUAUCCAUGAUGAUCCCAUUGUGAGGAAUUGGGACAACUGUUUCAACCAGGAGGCUGUGGUUGACGGUGUCCUCGACGAAACCGUCAACAACAUAGCCAACAGGGACUUCUAUCGAUUCACUGCACCUCUCCGUCUUUUCAAUAAGAUAUACCACUUCAACAAAGUCUUGCUGAGUAUGGGGCUCCCGAGAAUAUCACUAUAUAUUGCUCAGUGCCCCAUAGAGGAUCUCCCCAGGGAGCUCCAGGAUGACCUUCCCACGCCAAAAAUCCUCAAAUCCGUUGGAAGGGGAGACAUAUAUGCCACUAGCAUAUGGCUCGGCCUAGUGCCGACGUACACACCUCUACACCGAGAUCCAAACCCCAACUUCUUCUGCCAGCUUUCCGGGGACAAGGUUCUCAGGCUCAUGCUACCAAAGGCGGGACAGGCACUAUUCGGUGAAAUACAGGCUAAAAUGGAAAAGACAGAUAAUGGUCGGUUACGAACGGAGGACAUGAUGCAGGGCGAGGAACGGGAAAAGCUGCAUGAUGCUGUUUGGGGCGACAAUGAAGCACCAGCAGGGCUUUUUGAGGUUGUGCUGGAGCCUGGCGACUCUGUGUUCAUCCCUUCGGGCUAUUGGCAUUCUGUCAAGAGCGUGGGAUGGGAUGGAGAAGUGAACUGCUCAGCCAACUGGUGGUUUCGAUGA